AUCAAAAGAAUGAUGAAGUUGGGUUGCUCAAAUUGUUUGCCAGGAUACUACUUCGGAGUAGCGCAAAUGACAUAUCUGAUGCGUGCAUCUGUUAGUGUUGAAUCGUUGUCUGUUGUUGAUAUUACCAUGGAAGAGGAAAAUCUGAAACUUGGGCUCUGUGGGCUGGCGAGCCUGACGUUUUGUGUUAUGUUAAUCUGGGUAACUCUGAAGAAAAUGAUGCAGAGGUUUGUUGUUGACUGUGCUGAAAAAAUCUGGGCUAGAUGUCUUAUUUAUCCAACGCAAGGCUGGGCAGUGGAUUUCAAGAACUUGUCUCUAAAUGACGAGGGUAUCCUGGUGUUUGAGUGUCAGCAUGUGAUCGAUGAUGACGUGAGUCAGUUCUCACUGCUUGAGGUGGAUGUGGGAAUUCCUGAACCAGGCUUGGUUGCAAAUAUAUCAGAGACGGGAGUAGCACCUUCCUCGGGGGAGAAUAACGAGCAACAGUUCAUGACAGUGGCGAGCAACAGAGCAUCACCUUCUUGUUCAGGCGAGCGCGUGGAGCAGAGUAGGCGCUGCCGGUUUCGCUUGGUUCCUGCAGCUAAUCCGAGAAGCAGCAGGUCGAGGAGGAGGAGCGGCCCUGCCCCGGCGAGCUGUCGAGGAGGAGACUCAACGUAGCAGAGGACUCGCAGGGCAGGGAGGACGA